AUGGCUUCAUUCUUUUCGUCGAACUACAGGCAAUAUAAGAAGGACACAGGCAAGGCGAGGAAAGAAGCCCAAAAAGCUGCUGCUGCUUCCGCGAAUACCCCUGCAGAUACCUAUCGCAUCAAUGUCGGCGAGUUUGUGCCCAUGGCAGAAGCCAUUGCGAAGAAAGUUCCCAAGGUCGAGGUCCCCGGAGCGCUCAGCAAACUGUUCGAUCGUGCCAUCCAGGCUCGAGAAAAAGCGGCAACUUGGUUCAAACAAUCGCAUAGCGACACGGUCCUAGACGAGAGCAAUCAGACCCAUGCUCACUUCGUCGACAUUCUUAGAAAUGCUGCUGAUAUCCUUCAGCCGCUGGUGAAGGAGUCGGUGCCUCGUGCUCAAAGAAAGGAGCCAAGUCAAAAGUCCGACGUUGAUUCCCUGCGAGAGAUGAAGAAUACUUUCUCCAGUCUCUCGGUGGACCCUGAGAAUGCUGCUGAAGAGGCUGAGCCUGAGGAUGAGCUUGAGGAGGAGCCUGCCCCCAGACCAGAUGACUCGAUAGAAUCGCUACCUCCUGUGAACCCUGUUGAAAUUCAGCAAGACGAGUCGGAAAUCGAAUCCGAGUUCUUCUUCGCUAUCCAGUCGUUCAUUACCAACAUGCAUGAGCUUCGCGACAUUGUUCAGGAAGUCUGGUUUUCAUACAAGGAUGGCAAAGUCGACUUGGUGAACGCUUCUCUCAUCGCGAACACAGCUAUCGACUUGGUGCGGCACGCUGAGUCUGAAUUUGAUCUAACGCUUGUACGCCCAAAGAAGUACCCCCAGAAGGAUUUCCCCGUAUGGGUCUACGCCGGCCUAAAAUACUACCUGGAUGCGGUUAGGACUUCGAAGAAGCCUAGAACGGAUAUUCCCAUCGUUUCGAAAUCUGCCUUUAAUCCAGUCGGUGGCGUCCACAAGGAUACCUACCGCACGCUUGAACUGGCGCGGAUGUUCCGACACACUACUUCGCGCCAUGACGAGACAAUCGCCAUGGACGAAGUAUCUCGCGGUAUGGCGCAUAUGUUCAAACAUCGCCAGAUCCCUAUUUGGACUACUUUUGGAAUACAGAUACUGCUCGACAUACAAGACAUUCUAACUAAAGACCAUCUGCACGAUCCGUUCGAUGAGCUGAAUGUGCGCGUAGAUCGGGAGGUGGCCAUGAAAGAGGCGCUGGAGCGUAGCUGGAUACAACCCUUCCCGACUGAAGGAUAUGCAGCGGAUAUUCGAAAGGACAUGGCCACGGACCUUACCUAUACCAAAGCAGUCGCGGAUGAUCCAUGCGAAACCCUGAAGCCCAAUCCGAUCCGAUGUGGACUUUUGAUGUACGACGCUUAUCUGCAACUCAACACCUCAGGUUAUCAGCUAGAACGCGCGUUGGGUCAGAUUUGCAUGAUGACACACUUAUACGUUGCUACCAAGCUAUUGCAUCCUGAAAGCCCUGUAUGGCCGGAUAUGGAAUACCUCAUCCACCAGCAAGACGAAACGAGGCUUUUCUUCGGUGGUGCCCCCCAGACUCUCGGUGAGUGCCUUCGCAAGGUCUAUCUAAUGGUAGGACGGACUGCAUCCGAUGCAGCCCGUGAGCCACGAGGAAAGAAGGCUUCCAAAACGCUGAAGGAAAUGCGGAAGCUAAGAGACGGCCGUUGGUUACAAGAACCCAGUAUCCUGGCUCCGAUCUUCCUGGAGCGAAGUUUUGGAUGGGCAACUACCGACGCAGCUGUUGACGAUAAAGUUAGACAACUCAAUAACACCCUUCGAUCGGAAACAGAGCUGGUCCGCCUAGCCAAAAAGUUUAACAGUUCGCGCGAUCAGGUAUGGUGGACACUAGCAAGCCGUCGCUGGCGCCCAUACAUUGAAGAGCACUCCGCAAACGACAACGGUCCUACCGCCCUCCUCCGCGACCUUAUUCUCUGGCUAGAAGGCGAUGCCAUGGACCUCUACUUCAGCUGGCAAGCUUUGCAAGACCAAUGCGCAAAAGUUUGGCACCACCUCGAACGCUCCCUCUCCACUGACCCCUCCUGGGACAACAAGUGGAGCCAAGAUCCGCGGAUGGGUAUCUAUAUUCUGGAAGGCGCCGCCGCCGACGAGGAGCACUGGGGCUGCAUAGCAAAAGACGACAAAGCGUUUGCAUCUCCUUUGCGAAAAGCACACGACGCCAUCCAAAAAGUCAUCAUGGAAGUCCAGCCAGAACCCCAAACCGCCCUCGGUAUAUUCGACAAAGACCCCAGAAUGCUUGAUGACUGCGUAACUCACGGCGGCGAAGUCUGCCUCGCCCGCCUCGCCAAAGAAAACAAAACCUUCGUCACCUCCGUCUUCGGCGGCCAAGACCACCUUCUUUUCCUCGACUUCUACAAAAACUGGCCCGAACUGGCCAAGGAGAAAUUCGUAUACUCGAACGUCGUCCAAAGCGUUGCCAAUGCCGGCCGUGAUUUGAAUGAAGCGAAGGAAGCAGAGAUAAAGAAGAAGACGGAAAGCAUGACGCGCUUCUACGAUCCUGAGGAUGAUAAGUAUUAUCGCAUUCAGGAUCACACUUUGGUAUCGGAUGACGAGGACGAUGAUCCUUGUGCUGAUUGUCCGAGGUGUAAGAGGAGGAAGUUUUUGGGGCAUCGGUACCCGACCUAUGCGGGGCCGCAUCAUGGGGAGGUGGAUCGGGAGUUGUGGGAUGAGGAUAGUGAGCGGUUCACGGAUAGUGAGGAGGAUGGGGCGUAG